UCCCCGCGUUGCACGCUUAUGUGUCUUCCUUUGUCUCUUGUUUUCUCAAUCAUUGUCUUAUAUUUUUAUCUUCUGCUACAAUCAAAUAAAUAUCUACAGCAAUUUUUCUCUUAGUUUCCAUCUCUUCCUCGUUUCCUUCCUUGGAAUCAUCAUUGUAUAGACCUUAAAACUGAAAAAACAUACAAGUUUCACAUACCAAUUUGCGAGGAACUCGAACGCGAGUUUGGUUCCUUUGGUUUCUUUCUCCUACGUUAAUUGCUAUUCCAUUCAUCACCAUCUCGCUGCCAAUCUGAGUCUCACGUUUUCAUAGACUUUAAUUUGUUGUUGCAAUAUAUGGAUCCAAGUUAAUUAAGGAGGCUCUUAAAACGUGUGCAGCUCCGAGGCAAUUUGGUUAUACAUGGGUUUGGUUUGUGAAGUGGCGUUGCACGUUGUAUAACAAAACAUAGAAAAUCUGAAUUUGGUUAUUGCAAACGAUUGUGGGUUGACAAAAUGGGUGGCGAAUUAAGUUACGUGCUUUCAAAAUUGCCAAUGCUAUCAACUUCAGAUUAUGCCUCCGUUGUGUCCAUGAACAUUUUUGUGGCUCUGCUUUGUGCUUGUAUUGUCAUUGGACAUCUUCUUGAGGAGAAUCGGUGGGUGAAUGAGUCUAUCACUGCCCUUUUGAUAGGUCUUUGCACUGGCGUGGUGAUAUUGUUGAUGAGUCGCGGUAAAAGCUCACAUCUUCUAGUUUUCAGUGAAGAUCUUUUCUUUAUAUACCUUCUGCCACCUAUCAUAUUUAAUGCCGGGUUUCAAGUGAAGAAGAAACAGUUUUUUGUUAACUUCAUGACCAUCACUCUGUUUGGUGCUGUUGGUACAUUAAUAAGUUGUAGCGUCAUAACAUUCGGUGUCAUGCAAAUCUUUAAGAGAAUGGAUAUUGGUAAAGCACUGGAAAUAGGGGAUUAUCUAGCAAUUGGUGCAAUAUUUGCUGCGACAGAUUCUGUGUGCACGUUGCAGGUGCUAAACCAGGACGAGACACCUUUACUAUACAGUCUUGUAUUUGGCGAGGGUGUUGUGAAUGAUGCUACAUCUGUGGUGCUUUUCAAUGCAAUCCAAAGUUUUGACCUCAAGCAAAUUGACCACAGAAUUGGUUUACAUUUUAUCGGCAACUUCUUGUAUCUGUUUGUCGCAAGCACCUUGCUUGGGGUUUUGGCUGGUUUACUUAGCGCUUACAUUAUUAAGAAGCUCUAUAUUGGCAGGCACUCUACAGAUCGUGAGGUUGCUCUUAUGAUGCUAAUGGCAUACCUUUCCUACAUUCUGGCUGAAUUAUGGUACCUAAGUGGCAUUCUAACUGUAUUCUUCUGCGGGAUUGUUAUGUCUCAUUAUACUUGGCAUAAUGUUACCGAGAGCUCAAGAAUCACUACUAAGCAUGCUUUUGCAACUCUCUCAUUUGUUCUUGAAACCUUUAUCUUCCUUUACGUUGGUAUGGAUGCCUUGGACAUUGAAAAGUGGAGGUUUGUUAGUGAUAGGCCUAAAACAUCUGUUGCUGUGAGUUCAGUAUUAUUGGGUCUAGUACUUGCAGGGAGAGCAGCAUUUGUUUUUCCCCUAUCCUUCUUAUCCAACCUCACUAAAAAGUCGCCAAGCGAAAGAAUAAGUUUCAGGGAGCAGGUGAUCAUUUGGUGGGCUGGUCUUAUGAGAGGUGCUGUUUCAAUGGCACUUGCCUACAAUCAGUUCACGAUGUCGGGUCACACUGAAUUGCGAACCAAUGCCAUCAUGAUCACCAGCACCAUCUCUGUUGUGCUUGUCAGCACCAUGGUGUUUGGUUUGAUGACUAAGCCACUCAUAAGGUUUUUGUUGCCUGUCACUCACCCUCCUACAAGCAUAAACAUCAUCGGAAAUAUAGAUUCAUGUCACAAUUCCCCCAAAUCAAUCACUGUACCCUUUCUUGGAGGCUCCCAAGAUUCUGAAAACGACCUUGAUGUCAAUGAAAUUCAUCGUCCAAACAGUAUUCGUGCCUUACUAACAACUCCAACGCAUACUGUUCAUCGCUUAUGGCGUAAGUUUGAUAAUACAUUUAUGCGUCCAGUUUUUGGUGGUAGAGGGUUUGUUCCAGUUGCUCCAUCCUCACCAACUGACCAAAGCGGUGUUCAACAGUGGCAAUAAGAAGAUUGUCCAGAAACGUGUAAUAUUAUUGCCUGAAAUUGAAAUUUUUAUGUAGAUCAUACAGCGCAUGUAAUCGCGUUUCGUUUGCUCGAGUUUUUUGGGCAGUAGGAAAGCUUUGUGCAGUGUAUAAAAAACAAAUUAAUAUUUCAUUUUUCACUAUUACUAUA